UAUGAAUGUAGUAAUUUUCAGAUUAUGAACAAUAGAAGAUCUUCUUCUGAGUCAUUUGCAAGUGACUCUGAAAGUCCCCCUGAAAUUUUGGAUGUUUAUCGUUGUGAUACAAAUUGUUCUCGGAUUAAACGUUUGCGUGCAAAUGACCGAGAACGAAGACGUGUACAUUUAAUUAAUUGCGCGAUGGAAUCUCUACGAAACGUAAUACCUGGUAUGAAAGAAAAAAGAAAAAUCACUAAACUUGAGUUGUUAAGAGCCGCUAAUCGUUACAUUUGGUUACUAGACGAAACUUUACGAACUGGAAAACCAUUAGACGAGGUUAUGGAAAGAUUUAUUGAAACUCCUAAAAUUUAUUACCCCUACAUAACUGUUGUAAAACGAGAAUUUCAUUAUUGAAAAUAUGCAAGAUGUAACCAUAUAACUGUUUAUAUUUAGGCUACAAGCUAAAGCUGUAAAUAACAUUCUAUUUUUCUUUUUUUCUAAAUAUUUUUAAUGGAGAAUAAAAAGAUUUAUAUA